AUGACCCAGGUCUUGGGCAGGAGAUCUCCUCUGGGUGCCCUGCCAAUCUACCGCCGGCCCAUGCCUUCCUCCAGAGCGCCCCAGCCCAUCGACGUCGGGAAUCCACGCUUGCGGAAUGCCCCAGAUCCUCUUCUAUACCGUAUUCUACAGACGAAGGAUUAUACACCUCCUCUGAAAUUGCCUUUUGAAAUAUCCGCUCGAUUUGACGGUGACGACUCGGAUUGGGAGAGAUCCGAGUUCGAUACCGAUGACUCGGGUGUGGACGACGACUGGGAGGAAGAUUUCGACUAUGUCCCGCUGGUGGAUACAUCUCUGGAUUCCGACGUCCGACGACAUUGGGAGCGUAAUGCUCCGGGAACUCCCUCUUUUUGUUGGUCGAAGAGGGAGAAUUUCGUCUGGCGUCACUGCUUCGAGGGGACACCGGGUGUGAAAGCACCCCUUGAAGAAUCGUCGAGCCCGUAUGUUCGACAGAACCCGCGCACCCCUUCAUCCCAUAUGAAGGGGUGGGAGGCACAACGGUUGCAGGAAGUCUGCUCCUAUGUCGGCUUACGAUUCCCGAUGGGCCUUCAGUCGAAGAGGGACCAGAGGGAAUGGUGGUCGACGGACCCGUUGAUGUCCUCAUCGGUGUUCGCCAAGACGAUGACCAGGGACCGCUACGAUGCCCUGACCUCCGCGCUCCACUUCGCCGCGGAGGAUAGGCUUUGGAAGCUGCGCCCUGUGUUAGACGUCUUGGAAUCGACGUAUCGAUCCGUCUUCGUCCCGAACAAGAACGUGACCGUCGACGAGAGCUUGUGGGCCUUCAAGGGGUGUCACCACGCCAUCCAGUACAACCCGAGCAAGAGGGCUCGGAGAGGGCUGAAGGUCUACAAGCUUUGCUCGUCUGACGGUCCAGAGGCAGGGUAUACGGCGGCCUUCAAGAUCUACAUGGGGCAAGAAGGCCAUCACCGACCUGCUGGAGAAGGCAGAUCUACUCGACAAGGGGUACCAGUUACACACCGACAACUGGCCCGGAAGACCAGUGCAGUUGGGACGGUACGUCUCAACCGGCGUGGCAUGCCCUCGGACCUGCAGGCGAGUCGGGGACAAAUCGAUUUCCGGUCCAGCAAGACCGGAAUCAUCUGCCGUCAGUGGGUGGAUAAGCGUCCAGUUACGAUGCUUUCCACCGCCCACACCAGCAAGGUCGUUACCCUGCCUCCCAACCGCCGAGGGGUGGAGAGGUCGAAGCCUGAAGUUGUCGUUGACUACAACAACGGCAUGAAGGGCGUUGACCUCUCGGAUCAGCUGGCGCAGUCAUAUCCAUCGACGAAGAAGACCGUCAAAUGGUAUAAGAAAAUUUCUUCUACCUAUUGGAUAUGA